AUGGAGAAUUUUGAGGAUGAGGGAUCUCAUUCUUCUCAUGAGGAUCCUUAUGUCGAGGAUGACCAAGAAGAGGAACUUUCUCUGGUGUUGGCCAAAACUAGGGAUAGCCUUUUGUCAUGGGCUUUAGAGGUCUCCACCCGUGCUCUAGAUCUUGAAGUCUCAACCUCAUGUCGUCGAGAUGAUAAUCUUCAAAUCAAGACUUCUAGUAAGUCAAGGGAGAGGAAAAAAGGGAAGAAAAGAAGUGCAUCUUUCUCGAUGACUCCGAAAAAGAAAAAGGUAGUGUGA